AUGUUGCAACAAAUGACGAGGUUGUGCUCGCCGUUCAUUGCCACACGCACGGUCAGUGGUAUUUACACGUCGACAUUCACACUCCCGCCACAGACCACACCAUUCGUGCAGCCUACUACGGUAUGGGGCUGUACGGGAGCGGUAUACUGCCCAUCGACGACGGUUUCGGCCGGCCAGGAGUGCUACCAUGUUGACUUCAUGGGCACGACGUGGUUCGAUAACCUCGUCACGAGUUGUUACCCUAGUGGGUAUAGUGACAUAUUUUUCAAGGCGGGAACAUAUGACCCGCAUGAUCCAGAAGACAUAUCUACUGUGGCACUUCCCGGGACAGAAUGUGUAGAGGGCUGGACGACGGCAUGCACUCGUACCCUGAGCGGCUUUGACGACACAAACUACGUCCAAAUACAUUGCUGCCCACCUGGCGCGUGGACUUGUGCACCCCAGAACGGCCGAAGAGACUGCACCAGUUCACUUAGCACCUUCACUGAGAUCUGGACCGACGCCAAUGGCGAAGCAGGCUUAUUCCAGUCCUCGCCUCUCUCUGCUUUGGGGGAGGAGGAGGUCCCUUUGACGAUAUAUCAUCCCGUUUACCCUCUCCAGGUUACGAUGAUGGUCGGGACGUCGGCUCCGCGUUUGACGAUAUCUUCUACCUCGAAAACAUCCUCAGCCUUGACUGCAGCUCCGCUCUCGCGCACAUUGUCACCCUCGACAAUACUUACACCCACGGCGACUUCUGCGACAAAACAGCCAACCAACGGAUAUCCCACCCCAUCCAGUAAAUCGACCAGUACUCCAGCCCCAACACCGGGCGUGUCGGGGAGCGAGGUUUCCGGCACAGCUGUAGUGACGGUUGCCAGUAUCGCUAUUCUGGUAUUGUUAGGUGUAUGGUGGCACAGAAGACGAAAAGCGGCAACCAACAAACCAACAAAAAGACCAAACUCAUCUGAUCAAUAUCUCGAGACACAACCAGACUGGGCACAAGCCCCUGGGUAUGGGAAGGCCGAGCUACCCGUUGAAGGAUCUGAAAUAUAUGAGCUUCCCCACCACCCUCCGCCCCCGGCCGAAUUGCCGCACAAUCCCGUGAGGGCAUCAAAGAUACGCUUCUAUCUGCGAAUAUCAGCUGAGACGCGACACAACUCUCGAAAUACGCCUGAGUUGCCUCUCCACGCGGCACAAAUUCCGGGCUACGGCCGUCCGAACGAUAUGACCUAA